AUGAGACCAAAAACGGGAGCUAGACGCGAAGUCCCAGCCAGGGGGGGGAGAGAUUCGCAACAUACCGACCCCGUCCCGAAGGCAUACACAAUUUCAGCCCAACUCAUGACUACCACCCACUCCAAAAACAUCUGGCAAUACACAACCCUCGCUGCUUCGACUCUCAAGGAAAUCGCAAAUGCAUGGAAAAUGCCUGUGCUGGGUAUCACUGCGACCUAUGGCCUCACCAUUGCCUCUGCCCUAGAAGCGAGUAAAACACAGAAAGCGGAGAUGGCAUUGGUUGUCGAACGAGUCCACAACAUCCUUUGCUGUAUUAUCCAGCUCACCAAUAUCGAUCAAGUGGACGGGAGUCUUUCGCCCGCAAUACUCUUUGACGUAGCCAAGUUUACUGAAAUCCUCCAACGGAUCGUGAGAGUAUUAAACGAGCAGCAGAAGAUGGGGAGAGUGAAACAGUUUUUCAAGCAAAGCGAACGGUCGGCCCAGUUGCAAUCGUGUAAAGCUGAGCUCCAGCAAUCUUUGGAAUCAUUUACUAGUCAUUGCGCCCGUAUGAACCUCGACGGUAUCGCCAGAAUCGAGAUGGAAACGCAGGAGUACCAUAACCAGCUUCUCGCGCUACUUGCGGAAAAUCCGUCUUUGACCCACUCGGAUACGUCUUCUUUGAUCAACUCCACGUUAACGAGUAGCAGUUCCCUUUCACUCAGUGUUCUUCCACCUCCACCGCAGAUAUUCCAUGGUCGUGAAUCGGAACUUGAGGCCAUCUUGACGACUCUAGGAGAAGAUUGUGCUGCCCGAGUUGCAAUUCUAGGAACUGGUGGUAUGGGCAAAACGACACUUGUUACCGCUGUCCUACACCACCCUGAAGUGGCAUCCCUCUUUCCUGAGGGCCAGAUAUACUUCGUUCCAUGCCAAGCGGUCAUGACGACGCAAGAGCUUCUCGCCGAGAUUGCUUCCCACAUUGGCAUCGAGCGAACCAGCCGAAUCAAACGCGUUUUGCAAUGUCUCGACUACGCUAAAUCAUUGUUGGUGUUGGAUAACUUCGAAACACCAUGGGAGGCUGUCGAUGAGCGCAAUGGUGUCGAAAAGCUAUUAGGGCAAUUGGCAGACCUCAGGAACCUCUCAAUCAUUGUCACAAUGCGUGGCGCCGAGCGACCUGGAGGCAUUCAAUGGACUCGCCCAUUUCUACCCCCGCUAUUGCCUAUCUCGAACUCAGCGGCGCUCAAAACCUUCCUCGAUAUUGCGGAUGAACCGGAGGACGAUGAGUCAUCAACUAUUCAUGACCUUUUAGAAUGCACGGGGAACCUACCACUAGCCAUCACCCUCAUCUCAAGCGCCGCAGCCGACGAGGGAUGUGCUGCAACGCUUGCUCGAUGGCGUCAAACCAAAACACUUGCCCUGUCCGAUGGAUACGACAAACGUUCAAGUCUGGACAUCUCGAUUGGGUUGUCUCUCACAAGCCCGCGUAUGACCGACGAAGCCCUCGAACUUCUCAGUCUGCUUGCCGCUCUUCCCGAUGGCCUGGCAGAUGUCGAGCUUACGCAGGCCCUGUCCGGCGUGAUUCCAAAUAUUCUUGCCGUUAAGGCUGUUCUACUUCGGACAGCCCUGGCUUUCAUGGCUGCGGAUAGAAGACUAAAGCUUCUCGUGCCGGUUCGAGAGUUCGUGGCUGCAGCAUAUCCUCCUCCUCGUCAAAUGCGGACCGCCAUAUGGCUCUACCUGCACAAACUGCUCGAGCUUUGGAACAACUUCGAUAACUUACGGCUGUCCCCAAUGAUCGUGUCGCAGAUCACUGCAAAUAUGCAAAGUCUGCGGAGCCUCACUGUGGAAGAGCUGGAGUCAAAAGAAAACACAGGAACCGAACGAGAGGCUGAUGCUCUGAGAGCAGCUCUAUGGAUAGAAGAGUUCGUGCGAGUGUCAAAUCACCCAAAAGGAGUGCCAUGGACCAAGCUAAUGCAGGAGCGAAUCAAGUACUGGCGUCACCAUCCAGUCUACAUCCCAUAUCUCCAUGCUGUGAUGGGGCACGAACAAUAUUCUGCGGUCGAAAUGGAGGCUAUCAUUGCAGAGGGUAACGAGUACUUUCAAGACAAGGGCGCUUUUGAACGGGCUCGAUGGUAUGCUCGUGUCGCCAAUCACUACCAAGUGUACCGCAAUAACUUCCGUAAAACUAUUGAAUUCCGCCAACUUGCUGUCGAUACGAUCACUUCCAUACCUUAUGCUACCCCACUGAAAGACGCUCAGAAAGCUAAAGACGCCGCCGAGCGAGCGUAUCAAUACGCACUCGAAAUUUCGCCGAUUGUGGGACCCCACAAUAAUACACCCGUCGCCGUAACCUUGUCUGUCCUGGGUCGCAGUGCUAUGGGCUUGGGCCAUUUUGCGCAAGCCUCUCGUUAUUUGGAAGACUCCUUGGCUUUCUUUGAGGGCAGCGAGGUGUUUGGGAUGCAGCCCCAUGUCAAGGCCCAGAGCAUUUUGUCCGUCUUACACAGUCUCAAGACCGAAUAUCUGGAAGCGCGCCUCAUAUUACAGGACAGCAUGCCCCCGCGCGACCCCCGCCACCCGCCAACAUUGUCUCGCAUCUUCACGGACAUGAACAUUGCUCUAUUGGACAUUGAACUGGAAGAAGACCCGGAGGACAUUGCGCGACGGGUGGAAGAAAUGCGACACCAUCUCAGAACAACACAAGUUGCACCUAUCGGAUUCGUGUUUCUGGACAUGAUUGUCGGCGAACUCAAAUUAUUCCAAGGUGACCUGGGCGACGCUCACCAUCUUUUGCGGCAGUCGUUCUCCAAACUCGACGGGACAUCGAACGAGUCCUCGGUGGCUUGUGCAUUGCGUUUGGGUGAUUGGGACUUCCGUUUGGGCUCCCUUGACUCUGCCUUCAGGUGGUCAAUAAUUGCCCUUGCAUUUACUUUUCGAAUCCAAGACAAGUUCGGCAAGAUACAGGCCCUUCGAUGUCUUGGCAAGGUCUUCGUGGCCAAUGAAAACUAUCAAUCAGCACGUGUGCUGCUCGAGCUCGCGCUGGAACAGUUAACCGUUAUGGAUGUGCAUCGCUGGCGGGCAGACUGUCUCGUCCAGCUCGCGCAGGUCCGAAAAUAUCAAAAUGAUAAAGAGGGACAGAUGACCUUGCUCAGCGAGUCGAUCCCAUUGUUUGCGAGGUCUAGGAGAAAGGGAGAUGUCGCACGAGUAGCAAAAUUAGUGCAGGAAAGUCGUGGAAAGUGA